AAUUCUUCUUCGCCUGAUUAAAGCUUAUUUGUCUCUCUCUUUCUAUCGGAGGUUAAUUUUUUCUGUUUGGGGGUCAAAGCAAAGAUGGUGAACGCUAUGGUGGAGAGAGCGACGAGCGAGAUGCUGAUCGGACCUGAUUGGGCUAUGAAUCUCGAGAUCUGUGAUAUGCUCAAUAGCGAUCCAGCGCAAGCAAAAGAUGUUGUGAAAGGCAUUAAAAAACGGAUUGGUAGUAGGAAUCCAAAAGCUCAACUUCUUGCCUUAACUCUGCUUGAGACAAUAGUGAAGAACUGUGGUGACAUGGUUCAUAUGCAUGUGGCUGAGAAGGGUGUUAUUCAUGAAAUGGUCCGGAUAGUUAAGAAGAAGCCGGACUUCCAUGUCAAAGAGAAGAUCCUGGUCCUUAUCGAUACAUGGCAAGAGGCCUUUGGUGGCCCUAGGGCAAGAUAUCCACAAUACUAUGCAGGAUACCAGGAAUUGUUGCGUGCUGGGGCUGUUUUCCCUCAGAGAUCAGAGAGAUCAGCUCCUGUGUUCACACCUCCACAAACACAGCCUUUGACGUCUUACCCUCCAAAUCUUCGUAACGCUGGACCUGGUAAUGAUGUGCCUGAACCUUCAGCAGAGCCAGAAUUUCCGACCCUAAGUUUGUCGGAGAUUCAAAAUGCAAAAGGUAUCAUGGAUGUGCUUGCGGAAAUGCUGAGUGCAUUAGAGCCCGGAAACAAGGAGGAUCUCAAACAAGAGGUGAUGGUGGAUCUGGUGGAGCAGUGUCGUACAUACAAACAAAGAGUGGUACACCUCGUCAACUCGACUUCGGACGAGUCUUUGUUAUGUCAAGGUCUGGCUUUGAAUGAUGACUUGCAGCGUGUCUUAACCAAUUAUGAAGCAAUCGCUUCUGGAUUACCUGGAACUUCUGCUCAGAUCGAGAAGCCCAAGUCCGAGACAGGAAAAUCCCUUGUUGAUGUUGAUGGUCCACUUAUUGAUACCGGGGACAGCAGUAAUCAGGCGAACGGAGCUACAUCAAGUUCUGGUAACGGGGUUCUAAAUCAGUUGGCCCUCCCUGCACCACCUGUAACUAAUGGUUCAGCCAAUUCCAAAAUAGACCUCCUUAGUGGCGAUGAUCUUGCCCUUGUUCCUGUUGGACCUCCUCAGCCAGCAAGUCCGGUUGCAUCAGAUCAAAAUGCGCUUGCCCUUAUUGAUAUGUUCUCAGACAAUACUAAUAAUCCAAGUCCUGCAACUGCACCAACUGGCAAUCCAGCCCAGAGUAUUCCUUUGAAUCCUCAAGGGCACCAACAACCAAAUAGUCAAGCUGGAGAAGCUGGCUUACAACCAUCCAAUGGAUCUGCGUCUCAAAUGGGUUAUUCGCAGUUUGAGCAGCCAUCAUACGGUCAAGGAGUAUCUUCUCCCUGGAGCAGUCAGCCUGCACAGCAACCACUCCAGCCAUCUUAUGAAGGUGCCCAAGACAGUAUGGCAUUUCCACCUCCCCCAUGGGAAGCUCAGCUCCAAGACUUCAGUCCCUCUGCGGAGUCAGGAAGUCCGUUUUCUCCUGGAAUGCAUCCAACACAGACCCCCUUCACACAUGCUCAACCAUUUAACAACAACAAUCCAUAUCCUCAAAUUCCCCAAACCGGGCCACCAGUCAACAACAACAGUCCAUAUGCUCAAAUGCCCCAAACAGGUCAAGCAGUUAACAACAACAGUCCAUAUCCUCAAAUGCCACAAAACGGUAUGUACAUGCCAAACCAACCAAAUCAGGUUCUUGGGUCAGGCUAUCCACCUCAGCAACAACAGCAGCAGCAGAUGAUGAUGGCUCAGUACUAUGCCCAACAGCAACAGCUACAGCAACAACAACAGCAACAGGCGUAUGGAAACCAGAUGGGAGGAUACGGAUAUGGCUAUAAUCAACAGCAACAAGGAAGCAGCCCAUAUCUGGACCAGCAAAUGUACGGAUUAUCCAUGAGAGAUCAGACAUCGCAUCAGGUACCAUCAUCAUCAUCUACCACAUCUUAUCUGCCUCCAAUGAAACCUAAGAAUAAACCAGAGGACAAGCUAUUUGGGGAUCUUGUCGACAUCUCCAAAUUCAAGCCUACAAAGCCGACUUCCGGAAGAGCUGGAACCAUGUGAAAAAUCCUCCAUCCAUCCAUCAUUUAUCAGUAUUCAUCUCCUCUGUCUUUCUCAGCUAACUCUCUUUCUUCUGUUCGUUAAGCUUUUUUCAUCAUUGAUUUUAUUACCCUCUUGGGAGAUACAUAGAUAUACAUAUAUGUUAUGUUCUUCCUUAUAAUUUACCGUUGGUUAUAUGACCGGUAAUGGGAUUUGUAUAUUUCUUGUAGAGAAAAGAAAACUGGAAAAUCUUU